AUGUUUCACACUUUUGAAGGCUUUGAGAAUCCCGGAGCAGCAUCGCCUGCCAGCAACUUUAACCGGCCGCCAACGGAACGCCGUGAAUCCGUCAGUCGGCGAGUGACGACACUCCGUGCUUGCACAUCAUGCCGGCAUCGCAAGAUCAAGUGCGACGGCGAGAAGCCAUGCGAAGCCUGCCGCUGGUAUAAGAAGUCCGAUCAAUGUCAAUAUUCAGACCCUCGACCUUCAAGGAGGCAUGUCGAGAAACUAUCGACUACUCUUGAUGAAUAUCGGAAUAUUCUGGGGAAGCUGUUCCCAAACAUCGCCCCUGAGUCUCUCGUCAACCUUCCCAGAGAAAAGCUUCUAGAGUUGACUUCAAGUUACUCCCCUUUAACAUCCAUGGCAUCAACUCACAGUGUGACUGCGCCGCACCCUGCUUCCCCAGCGACGUCGGCUUCUGUUGAUGCACACGUCUCGCCACUUUCAAAUGAAGAUGACAACCUUGAAUCCCUCCAAAGCAUGCCGGAAGAGGUAGACGAUAGUCGUCACACCAGCUCCAGCGACCUAGUCGAGGGUGUUUCGGACGAUGUGAAUGCGCUAUCUCUUUCCGCCAGACAUACAUCAUCCUACUUGGGCGUUUCAUCAAUCCAGGCCGUACUCAAGGUCAUCGUCUGGCUGGACCCAGGCUGCGCUUCAUACUUCGAUAGAACCCCGCCUACUAGCUCGGGCAACCAAGCCACCCCUGCAUUUGACGUGCAGCAGGGAUGGUCCCAUCACCCGCCUACCACUCCGCCACAUCCAUUCAUCCCAACCGAGAUGCAGAUGCUGGACUCCUACUUCCUGUACUUCCAGGCCUUUGCACCGCUCAUCGAUGAGCAGCAUUUUCGCGAAACGUAUAUCUCCGGUCGACGCAAAGAUGACCACUGGCUUGCCCUGCUAAACAUUGUCCUGGCCUUGGGCUGUGUGGCCGCUUCGACUCCUGACGACACGACACACCAAACCUACUUCCUCCGUUGCAAGAGCCACUUGAGUUUAAGUUCUCUCGGUAGUUCUCACCUAGAAACUAUCCAGGCUUUUGGUCUUGUCGGUGGGUGGUACUGUCACUAUAUCAGUCAACCCAAUCUCGCCUACUCUCUGAUGGGCGCCGCAUUGCGAAUGGCUGCAGGCCAGGGACUCCACAAGGAAUUUGUGGAGAACCGGCAAAUACCGACCCCGGCUAAGAUGGCAUCGAUGGAUAUCAAGCGACGCGUCUGGUGGUCGUUGUUUGGUAUGACCCUUGGCCGACCAAUCAAACCUCCAAACUGUAGAGACAAGGAAAAUAUCUUGGAAAUUCUCCCGCUCGUUGAAAAUAUCCGGUUUACGAAGAUCGCAAACCAGAUCCAAGAAUCACUUGCUGCUGCUCCGCUCGUCAAACACCAAGAGAUGGCCCACGCAGAUGUGCAGCUCCUAGAAUGGUGGGACAACUUACCACCCGUCCUAAAAGACCAUGAACCAUGCAACGAAUCCAUCAGCACCGUCCGCACAGUCAUGCGAUGGCGGUAUUAUAACCAACGGAUGCUCAUUUACCGACCAACACUACUUAGCUACGCCAUGCGCCGAGUCCCCUACAUCGCCCUCCGCGCCGAGGAGCGAACCGCCAUCGAGAAGUGCCGCGAAGUGGCGGAAAUCUCUAUCCAAAAUAUCGCCGCGACCGCGCAACUCAAUCAGCUGUGCGGGUGGAAUGCCGUUUGGUGGACAUUCCAGGCAUCACUCGUUCCACUUGUCGGCCUCUUCCUCAACGACCCGACUGCCAAUGACCACCGCGCAAGUAUUGAGUCUUGUCAGGCGCAGGUUGAAAUUGCCAUGGCUACACUGGCCCGCAUGCAGUCUUUUGGUCAUACCGCUAAGCGGUCCCUAGAUGCGCUAAGCCGCAUCUAUGAGGCUAGCAAACGCAAUCAUGAUCUAUCAUCGGCAACGAGUGCACCCAGCUCCUUUGGGAAUUUCUUCCCUGCUGGUCGUGAUAUACACAGCAAUAUGUUCUCCACGUCUGACCCGUCAUCUCGUAUGGGCAUCUCACUGGGCGAGAAUGGUCUUGCCGACCCCCUGGCCACUCCAUUCGUGGAUGACUCUGGACAGUAUCUGUGGGAGUAUCUCAGUUGGAGUGAUAACUCGAAUAUUUGGCCCGGCCUCUCAGAUUUGGAUACCCGCACCGAAGCGAUGGCUUUAUUGACGCCGGAUCAUGAGAAGGGUCCUAAGUUCGGGACACAUCCGUAUUUCGAGCCGAUGCCGGAUUCUUAUUUUGUCAAUGCGCCACUUUAUUACUGA